CGAGGGCGGAGCCUGGCCCCGUCGUGGUUAGGAAUGAAUGCUUUAGUGAGACGUGGAGUCUCCCGUGCCGGCAUUCCUUGUCUUUGGAGAGGGAAAUGCUUCAGCUCCGGGAAUGAGCCGGCGGAAAGCAACCGGGCGACGCCGAUGCUGCGGCAUCUUAUGUAUAAAAUAAAGUCUACAGGUCCCAUCACGGUGGCCGAGUACAUGAAGGAGGUUUUGACCAACCCAGCCAAGGGAUAUUAUGUGCAUCAUGAUAUGCUAGGGGAAAAAGGAGACUUCAUUACUUCACCCGAAAUAAGUCAAAUCUUUGGGGAGCUACUAGGGAUAUGGUUCGUUAGUGAAUGGAUGACCUCUGGAAAAAGUCCAGCUUUCCAGCUGGUGGAACUGGGUCCAGGUCGGGGUACCCUCACUGGAGAUAUUUUGAGGGUGUUCAGUCAGCUUGGGUCCGUGCUAAAAACCUGUGACAUUUCAGUACACCUAGUAGAGGUGAGCCAGAAGUUAAGUGAGAUUCAAGCACAGGCAUUGACUGAGAAGCUCCCUGUGGAGAGAGAUGCCGAAUCCCUGGUGUACAUGAAGGGUGUCACUAAGGCCGGGAUCCCCGUCUCCUGGUACCGAGAUCUGAAGGAUGUCCCUAAAGGAUACAGUUUUUAUCUCGCACAUGAGUUUUUUGAUGUUCUUCCCGUGCAUAAAUUUCAGAAAACACCACAAGGAUGGAGAGAAGUGCUUGUUGAUGUCGACCCCCAAGUUUCUGAUAAACUGAGGUUUGUCUUGGCGCCUUGUGCGACCCCCGCAGAAGCCUUCAUACAGCAUGAUGAAAAAAGGGACCAUGUGGAAGUGUGUCCCGACGCUGGGGUUAUUAUACAGGAACUUUCACAACGCAUUGCAUUAACCGGAGGCGCUGCUCUGAUUGCCGAUUACGGUCACGACGGGACAAAAACAGACACCUUCAGAGGGUUUUGUGGGCACCAGCUUCAUGAUGUCUUAACCGCUCCUGGAACAGCAGAUCUGACAGCUGAUGUGGACUUCAGUUACCUGCGCAGAAUGGUACAAGGAAAAGUAGCCUCUCUGGGUCCAGUAGAGCAACGGACCUUUUUAAAAAACAUGGGCAUUGAUGUCCGGCUGCAGGUUCUUUUAGAUAAAGCAGAAGAGCCAUCCACCAAGCAGCAGUUACUUCAGGGGUAUGAUAUGUUAAUGAACCCUCAGAAGAUGGGAGAAAGGUUCAACUUCUUUGCCUUGCUACCUCAUCAGAGACUUCCCGGUGCAAGUCAAGAAAGGGGUGCCUGUCAGUCAAAGACCCCCGCAUCAUCUGUAGCUGGGUUUGAUGACCUCGUUUGGCAGUGAUACUUCAGCUUGGACUGUUUAUUCUUCAGUGUGCUUUAAAAAUCAAUAAAAGAAACUCAUUUUGUAUAUUGAAGGUAA